AGCCUCAGUCUGGAAGUCAACCACAGGAGAGAGCAAGUGUCUGUGUGUUAAAGUCAGUGGGAGGGGGAAUAAAGGAAUAUUCAGCUACGGGAGCUUGGACGAGGGGAAAACGUUAAUACCACCACAGUCUUAGGCGUGACUGUUUCUGAACUAAACUGAAACAUGUCUGGACAUUUGGCUCGCUAGCUAACUAGUUAGCUCGUCACCUGUGGCAGAAUUUGCACUGAACUUUGUUCAGUGACCGGUUUAAGACAUUGCUAUUUCUACACUUCGUUUUUUCUCGAUUUGAAAUGGUCAGGUCAACAAUAAGCUUGUGGACACGGUGUCUGCUGCUGCUGCUGCUGUUUUUCUCUCCCGGAAAAGCCGUGGAUUGUCCGAGACCUAGUCCGGCGGGUAACGUGGUGUUAACUGAUGAAACUAUGCUGAUGAAUGAAUUCCCAGACGGCUCUGAUGUAACUGUCGAGUGUGCCAAUGGCUAUAAUAAGGAUCAGGGCUCAGACAUCAUCACCUGCACAGACGGGACGUGGAGCGAACCGCAGCUAAUAUGCAAAAAGAGAGACUGUGGUCCUCCCAAGCCUUCACCACACUUAAAGUAUGAAAAGAAAGAAGGAACAUUGUUUGGCGCACGCAUUACACCAUUUUGUGACAAAGGGUAUUAUCUUCAAGGUUCAAGCUCUAGGCAGUGUCUUGCAACUGGUUGGAGCGGAAGAGCAAAAUGUGAAUAUAUCAGCACAACAGUACGUUAUCCAGAGACAACAGAAACCACAGGCACCAGCUUCAGAGUUGUCCACAGCAGAAAUAGCACCACCACUGCCCCACCAGAUUCAAAAGGACUGGAUUAUGAACUACCUUCAAGUACUGCAGCAGGCACUGAGAUUAGUGAUUAUACAAUUUGGAUUACAGGUUUCAGCCUUGUUUUUCUAGGCAUUCCUUAACCCAUUUGUCAUCCAUGGCUUGUCAACAACAUAUCUCCUGGCACAGUUUUUUUGCAUACAAUUUUUUUCAUACGUUUCCAAAGUAUUCAUAAACACAUCAUUUGCUCUAUUUACAUCAUCAACAUACACUUCCUUCCAGUUUUGUUUUCUUAAAUCGUCUUUCAAUUUCUCCAAAGCUUUUUUUUUGAGGUAUUUAUCAUUUUUUUUUCUUUAUUAAAACAGCUUUUUUACUGCACUGAUUAUUUUUACGAAUUGUAAACACUGGCAAAUGAUCACUUAUGUCAGUUAUCAAAAUCCCACUCAACACCUCUUCUUUUCUUAUAUUUGUAAAGAUAUUAUCAAUCACUGUAUCACUGUGGGUUGUAAUUCUUGUUGGUUUGGUUAUUAAAGGAUAAAGACUUAAGCUAUACAUUGUAUUAAUAAACGUACUAAUAUUAUUAGAAUCGGUUUGACUUCCCAAAUCAAUGUUAAAAUCUCCACACAGAAAAACUGUUUUGUUACAAUUACAUUCCAAGACCUCAGUGAUUUUGUCUGUGAAUAAGUCAGUAUUUGAACCUGGUGACCUGUACACACAACUAAUUAUUAUAUUUUUAGAAUUUUCAUUGAAUAUAUCAACAGUAAUCAUUUCCAUUAUGCCAUCAACAGUUAUUGACAUUUUGUCCCUAAUUUUACACUUUAAUUUAAUAUCAGUAUAUAAAGCAACCCCCCCCACCUCUUUUAUUGCUUCUAUUCAUAUGAUAUGGUCUAUAUCCUUCUAUUUUACAAUUAUUUAUGUUUUCAUCAUUGAGCCAGGUCUCUGAGACUGCUAUUAUACUAAAAUGUCUCUUUAACUGUUCUAAAUAGUCUAUUAUUUUUAAAAAAUUCAUGCUUCUACUAUUAAAAUGAAUAAUAGAGAAACCUCCCUUUACCAUUUUAUUGUCAUUGAAUUGCUCCUCAUUAUAAUAUUGACAAUCCUCAAUCACUGGAAAAAAAUCUGCAUCAACCAUAGUAUCUACAUCAUAUAUUUUUUGGACUCUAAAUAUUUGUAGACAUUUAUUUAUUUAAUUUAUUUUCCCUUUUCUUUUUCCCUUUCCAUAUUUAUCUAAACAGAGCAUUUGUAAACCCAUGUUCUGUUAUUUUACUGUUAUUGUUGUGCAUCACUACUUAUCAGCUUCUAACCUGUCUAAUUGCUCUAAGGAUCUAAUCCAUAGACCUUUGGCAUUCUCAGGCGCAUCUUUUGUUCUUAUAAAAACUUUACAGUUCAU